AUUGGAUGGAUGGAUCUUUUAACCACUGACAGACUGCGUACCAGCUGAGGGACGGUGUUGUUGUCAGCGUGACCCGUUGAAGUGGCGUCUUUGGGGGACCAAUGCAGACCCCCUCUCAGAUCCUCACUCUGAGUGCCUGUGGCUGGGUCAGCAGCUUCUGUCGCUUUCGAGAGAUCGGGACAAGUGAGCCGCUGGAGACAUCAGAGAAAAUGUCAGUCAGCGUUCAUGAAAACCGCAAGUCUCGGACCAGCACAGGCUCCAUGAAUAUCUCGCUGUUCCACAAACCAUCACAUCCGGACAGUGUGCUAACGCACCUUAACACGUUACGCAAGCAGUGCAUGUUCACAGAUGUGACUCUGUGGGCUGGCGACCGCUCCUUCCCCUGUCACCGGGCCGUGCUGGCCGCUUGCAGCCGCUACUUUGAGGCCAUGUUUAGUGGGGGGCUGCGCGAGAGUAUCGAUAGUGAGGUCAACUUCCACGACAGCGUGCACCCAGAGGUGCUAGAGCUUCUCCUGGACUUUGCUUACUCGUCCCGCGUGAUCAUUAACGAGGAGAAUGCCGAGUCACUACUGGAGGCAGGAGACAUGCUGCAGUUUCAUGACAUCAGGGACGCAGCUGCAGAAUUCCUAGAGAAGAAUCUGCACUCGUCCAACUGCUUAGGCAUGAUGCUCCUGUCAGAUGCCCAUCAGUGUAAGCGCCUGUACGAGCUAUCUUGGAGGAUGUGCCUGGUCCACUUCGAAACUGUUCGAGACACAGAGGACUUCUACAACCUUUCCAAAGACAAGCUGCUUGACCUAAUCCUUAGUGAUGAGUUGGAGAUUGAAGAUGAGCAGAUUGUGUUCCAUGCUGUGAUGCGCUGGGUGCGUUAUGACCUAGAGAGUCGAAGAGACUACCUGCCAGAGCUGCUGAGGGGUAUUCGACUAGCUCUGUUACCCUCGGAAUGCCUUAUUGAGGCAGUUGCAUGCGAAGAGUUGGUUAUGUCAGACAAAAGGAGCCGGCUGAUAGUGGAGGAGGCCAUGCAGUGUAAAAAGAAGAUCUUGCAGAACGAUGGAGUUGUGACCAGUCCCUGUGCCCGGCCCAGAAAGGCUGGACAUACACUUUUAAUCCUUGGGGGACAAACGUUCAUGUGUGACAAAAUCUACCAGGUGGACCACAAAGCCAAGGAGAAUCCCAAGUCUGACCUGCCAAGUCCAAGGAAAGAGUUCAGUGCCUGUGCCAUUGGCUGUAAGGUCUAUGUGACUGGAGGGAGGGGUUCAGAGAAUGGGGUGUCCAAGGAUGUGUGGAUCUAUGACACUGUCCAUGAGGAAUGGUCAAAAGGGGCACCCAUGCUAAUUGCACGGUUUGGCCAUGGCUCUGCAGAGUUGGAGAACUGCCUGUAUGUGGUUGGGGGCCACACAGCCAUUGCUGGUGUGUUCCCAGCCUCUCCCUCUGUUUCACUCAAGCAAGUGGAGCGGUAUGACCCUCUCACCAACAAGUGGACAAUGAUGGCUCCCCUCAGGGAUGGUGUCAGUAAUGCUGCUGUGGUCAGCGCUAAGCUUAAGCUAUUUGUCUUUGGUGGUACAACCAUCCACCGAGACAAGGCGUCCAAGGUGCAGUGCUAUGACCCUGUGGAGAACCGCUGGUUAAUUGCAGCUGAGUGCCCACAGCCCUGGCGCUACACGGCAGCAGCUGUGCUGGGCAGCCAGAUCUUCAUCAUGGGGGGAGACACAGAGUUCACGGCCGCUUCUGCUUACCGGUUUGACUGUGAGACCAACCUGUGGACUCGAGUGGGUGACAUGACUUCAAAGAGAAUGAGCUGCCAUGCUGUGGCAUCGGGAAACAAACUGUAUGUAGUUGGCGGCUACUUUGGGACACAGCGGUGUAAAACACUAGACUGUUAUGAUCCAAUGUCAGACAACUGGAACAGUAUCACUACAGUGCCUUACUCAUUAAUUCCAACAGCUUUUGUGAGCACUUGGAAACAUCUUCCUGCCUAGUAGUCUCAAUCUGGAAGUGGAAUCAAACUGGGCAUCACACACACCUGACUUGGGAGGAAGACCUGGAUCAUCCCACCAGUCUUGCUGUACAAACUGUGUUUGUGUGAGUGUCAGUCUGUGCACGGACGGAGCAGCGGGGGCCGAUCUCUGAGUGGGGCGCUCUCUUGGCUAAGAGCUAACAGCUAGCAGGCAAAAAAGAAAAGCUCAGAAAAAAAGAGCUGCCCUCUAACCUCACCACCCUUCACACACUGAAGUCCUCCCGGGCCCCAAGCGACCCAACCAUCCCAUAAUGAGCACAACUGAAGGGAAAGAGGCAGGCCUGGGCCCACAGAAGCUUCUGAGGACAGCUCUUGGACGUCACUGUGAAGAAAUGCCUUUCUGGUGACAUCAAAUCUGCAGCUUAACAAAAAAAAACAGUCCUCUUGUUGUCUCUUGUUGUUGGGUGUUUGCUGUUGUCACCUGAAGCCUCUCUCAAUUUGCACAGUAAACAGAUGUGAGACACCUGAGGGUGUUUAUAUCAUUCCUACAGUCAGUCGUAGACAACGACCUUCAAGCUCUCAGACCAGAUUCAGUUCCUGCGGUUCUGGUUUUCUUCCAUACAGCACCACUCACUCACCAUCUUUGGGAAACAUGAGCACACAGACGCUUUAAUGAUGAAUUUCACUGUUUUUAAGCAGACUGAAAGGCUGUUUUUAUGAAAUAUACAUGACCAGGGUGGGAGUGGAGGACAGGUUUACUGUUUUAAAGAGGACUUGACAAUUUAUGAACUGAAAAUGUCUGCUAUUUAUUUCACUACCUGUGAAACACAAUUCCUGGAGGCAUCUCCGAUUCCAUGGCACAACAAACUGAUCUUGAUUAUUAUUAAUAUAGAUAUCUGAAGUAUUGAAAAAAAGUUGAUGAAUUGCAUUGCAUUUACAGUUUUUCUCAGUCACUUUGGUGCUUUUCUCAGAUCAGAAUGAAAAUUCUCAUAACUAUUAGUUCAACCUCCACAACAUUUAGUCAUUUGUGCACAUCAUAGUAGCAAUUUCUCC